GCUUCAAAUGCAAAGACUCCACAACGUUCCUCCUCCGACAGAAACACUUCGCAAGAGAAUUCUUCAUCUUACAUGCGAGAGUGUUACGAUCCGAAGUUCAUCGGAUCUCCGGCAUAUGAAGAUACUGCGCUUCCGCGGCGCUCGCGCCCGGAUGCUGAGCCGGGAAGUAAUAGGUGUGCCUCCUCAUCUACUUCGUCUUCAGCUUCGUCCCAGUCACCGUCUGGCGGGCAGGUCCAGCAGUCUGGGCAGGUAUACUAUCCGGCCACAGGUGGAGCAGCUUCGACCGAUCAUGAUGAUCGCGGGCUGCGAGAUAAUCCUGAUUUUUUUCCCCAGGAGCAGGCCCAGCCGAAUUCUACUUCGGGAGGUGAACCAGUAGCAGCACCUGCUCCCGAGGAACCCGGCAGCGCCGAGAGUGGUGUAACAUGCGGGCAAGAGCCUGGCCCACACCGGCGAAGGAACAGAACUCAUUACCGAAUGCCCGGUACAACUCUUGGUCAGCAACAACAUCCGCAAACCCCUAGUACCCCUCCCUAUGACGACAGGACCCCGGCCUCGAGUGCGGCCCGCGAGCCGCCGCUGGACUUCGGAAGUGAGGAAGUGGUGUCUCCUAUCAUAUGUAAAAACAUCCCCACACCAUAGUCAAGAUGAGAAGUCUGCAACACAAAUCCCAAAGUUUUGGGAGUUCUGCAUGACAAAUCUGGCCCCAUAGUGUAAUCCUGUUUAGCUAGUUAAGCAGCAUCACAGAUGUAGCACAUCAUGCCGAUUGGAGCAUGACAAAUCGCGAAACACGACUAAAAAACGCCUUUCAUGGGUCUCCGCAUGGGCAGCAUUUUUACCGUGCAGAUUUGCAUGACAACCCUGGGGUGGGGACGCUUUUACAUAGGAUAUCUCCCGCUGGGGCGGACACGAGCCUGUUUGGUCGUACCGCGGCGGUGGCCGCAGAGCGAAGAUUUUCAUCUUCCGGUGACCUGCACUUGAAAAUCGACUGUGUAGCUACUGCGGAGAGCAGUUCUUGCUCUUGCAACAAGGAAACAAACCAGUCGCGACUGGCGCCGGAGUCGGUGCGGUCGGAACAACUGGAAGCGCGCAAAACAAGUCCGUGUCGUGCUACACCAUCAACUGUGGAUGUUAAAGACAAUAGUGCAGCCUGUGAGAUCACUCUUGGUCAUGAUCUUCAAGAAGAAGAAGAAGAUCAUGAUCAUAAAGGCGUCAGCAAGAUGUUGAACUCCGGAGGUGCAUCAGCGGCUUUAUCGUCCUCUGCAAGUUUGACGUUAACUCCAUCCCCGGGUUUGCUUUUCCCCUCACCGGAUUGUAGCUCAUUCCCGACUAAUAGUACGGAAGUGGAAGUGCAAAACGCACACGAUGCAGCUAGCGCAGCACUUCAAGAGUCUGCGAGACCUUUUACCGGUGAACAUCAAGGUGGCGCGGCGCAUCAUAUCAAAUGUAAAAAUGUCUGGGUCUGGAAGAAUGCAUGUUUGUCAUGCUUGCCUGGCAUGACUAUUAAAUCUGUCAUGCACGUUGCCCAAGAGCCGCAUUUUUCUGUCAUGCGGAGACGCAAUUUGUCAUGCAGAAUAGGCAACACCUACAAGCUCAGAAAUUUGUCAUGCUGAGCCAGCACUUCUGGCCUCUUCAUGAGACGCCACCCAGCAUCACAAGUUUCCAGACCCAGACACUUUUACAUUUGACACAUCAUGAAGUAGAACAACCGCACGACCUGGGCAGUUCCUCGUCGUCAGACGAUCGGCUGUAUCAAAAGGAAAAAUCCCCCCUCCCCAUACUGAAAAGGUAUGUUGCCGAAAAUUUGUGUUGCUGAUUUGAGGUCACAAAUCGUCUCUGUGUUGCAUGAACGCAACUCCCCAAGCUCCGCCGCAUUCUACAGGCGGUUUGUCAUGCUGUUUUGGCUACAACGCCGACGUCUGUCAUGCUAAGCGCCUAGGCCAAAACCUGUAGACUCAGGCUUAGUAUGGACCUGCAGUCCUCGCCAGCAAGACAAAUCAGAUUUGUGUACGCAAAUCCAGCAUCAGAAACUUCGCUUUGAUAUGGGGAGGGGGGAUUUUUCAUUCUGAUAGGCUGCGUUUACCCUCACCCAUGGGCAAGCCCCAGACUUGUGA